CCCAUCUCUCCAACAUCUCCUGAUAUCAGAAAUGGCCUCCAUAUUCGACAUUGCAUCCAGAUUUCUCUCCACCUCCGUCUCCUUAGCCGGAAUCUUGAUGCUCAUCCUAUCCUUGGCGAGCGAGGUCAUUCUUGACCCGCUCAAAACUUACUUCUUUGACUACCACGUAUCCUUCUUUGAAUACCUCUUAGCCCUCUUUCACUGCGGUCCCUCUACCAAGCUCACUCUCGUUAUCAACGAAAAGCGCUACAUGUCAAGAAACGAAGUCUAUGAUGCCGCCGAGCUCUAUCUCCCCACCAAGAUCGGGCCCAAAACAAAGCGGGUCAGGCUCAGCAAAACCACGAGUGAAGAGAAUUUCGCUAUCUCAAUGGAUAAUGGUGAAGAGAUCGUCGAUAUUUUUGAGGAAAUUCAGUUGAAAUGGAGGUAUAAGUGUGAACACACACAGACUCAUCCGAACGAAGGAUUUACAGAGGAAAAAUUCUUCGAACUCACUUUCCGCAAUAAGUUCAAAGAUCAAGUGGUCGCCGUUUAUUUACCUCAUGUUUUGGCCAGGGCUGAACAAAUCAAAGAGGAGAACAAAGUGGUUAAAAUCUAUAGUGUUGGCUCUCGUAAACCACCCCGCUGGAGUUCCGCGAUUCUUGAGCAUCCAGCCACAUUCGACACCGUAGCCAUGGCUUCGGAGCAGAAGAAAAUGAUAAUCGAUGAUUUGGAGAGGUUCCUGAGCAGGAGGGCGUUCUUCAAGAAAGUGGGGAAGCCCUGGAAACGAGGGUAUUUGUUGUACGGCCCUCCAGGUACUGGAAAAUGGAGUUUGAUUGCUGCCAUGGCCAAUUACCUCAAGUUUGAUAUAUACGAUCUGGAGCUUGCAAGUAUUAAAUCAAGUUCAAAAUUGAGAAAAUUUUUGUUAUCAACAACUAGCAGGUCAAUUCUUGUGAUCGAGGACAUAGAUUGCGGCAUUCAGGUUCAAGACAGAAAAAUUCAAUCAGAAUCUGAUAAUUCCAAAGUAAAGGUAGGUCCUUUUUUUGGGUUUGAAUUUGAUUAAAGACCACUACUUUCGUUCAAUCUUUCAAUAAUGUUUGAGACUCUAAUUCCUCCGUUUUUUCUCCAUGCAGUUAACGCUAUCUGGCACAUUGAACUUAAUUGAUGGACUGUGGUCAAGCUGUGGGGGCGAGAGAGUCAUUGUGUUCACGACCAACCACAAGGACAGGCUUGACCCGGCACUGCUGCGUCCAGGCAGGAUGGACGUGCACGUCAACAUGUCCUAUUGCAGGGUUGAUGCGUUCAAGAUCUUGGCUUCUAAUUACCUGGACAUCAGCAACCAUCCCCUGUUCGGAGAAAUCGAGAGCUUGAUAGAGAGCAAGGAGGUGACCCCAGCAGAGGUGGCAGGGGAACUGAUGAGGAGUGAAGAUGCUGACGUCGCUCUUCAAGAACUUCUUAAAUUCAUUAAAGAGAAGAGUGAAUGUGAUGAAAUUGGGGGGCAAGUUGCUGAGAUUGAAGAAGCAAACAGUUUGAAAAGUGAUAAUAAGGAAAAGGAAAUUGGGGGAGGUUGGGGUCAGGAUCGCAACACGAAGUAGGUGAAGAAAGGGAGGGACAAAGGAUUGACUGAGUAGAAGUGCCGAAAAGUUUUUUCACUGAAUAUAUACGGUGUAGACUUUGGUUGCAGAGUCCCUGCUUCAAUUGAUGUUCUUGUUAACGCAUGAAAUCACGUCUGUUAACUAGUGAUGUUAGUUCUUGUGCGGUGGCAGUUGCAGUUUUGUUUAUUUUGCUUAGUGGUGUAGCAGUUUAUAUUGGCAGUCCGUAACUUCUUUGUUUUUAGCAACCGUCACAAGUUUCAGGUUUUUUCCUAGAAACAGUGUGUAUGUUUGGUGCUGUGAUUUUAAUACAGUUUAUGUAUUUCAUUUCUGAAGUUUAAUCCUUGAGUUUAUGUUCAUUUAAUGUUCAUUUUCAC